AGAGAAGAAGCUCAAGCAAACACAAACAAAGGAGGAAUAAAAGAAGCAAGGGAGCCGUUUCAAAGGCAUAUCCCACCCACUACUACUACUACUACUACUUGGAAGCUGUGUUGCUUUAGUUGUCAAAUUCAUUCUCUUAUUUGCGAUGGCGGAAGAAGCCUUAUUCGACUUCAUUCAUAUGGAAGUUGUGAACUAUGUGUUUCAAGCAAAUGAAAAAGUGUCUGAAGAUGAAUCUCUAUCCAAACUUGAACACAUGGGAUUCAUUACAGGAUACAGACUAGUCGAAAGGCUAACCAGAGAGUCUGGUCGAUACAAAGAUGAACUGGAUAUAAUGAAAUAUAUUUGUAAGGACCUGUGGGUAACAGUUUAUAAAAAGCAGAUUGAUAAUCUGAGGACAAAUCACCAGGGUGUCUACGUCUUACAUGACAAUCGCUUUCGUUUUCUUUCUCAUAUGGCAGCAGGGAAACAGUAUUUGCAAUAUGCACCUAGAUACUUGGGCUUCACAUGUGGCUUAGUUCGAGGUUGUCUUGCCAAUCUUGGAGUUACCUGUGUGGUGACAGCUGAAGUGACUCAACUUCCAGCAUGCAAAUUCCAGAUUCAAGUUCAGCGUGGAUGAUCCAUAAAGAAUAAAUAAGGCUAAUGCAUAGCUCUCAUGGUUUUUCAAUAUUAAAACAAAAAACCAUUCCUCACAAUGUACUGUGAGGUUUUUUGCAUUCAGUUAGAAACUUGAAGAAUUUGUCCUUUUUUUGUAUAAAAAGUUUGCUUUCCCUUUUAAAUACUUUAUGUUCAUUUUCCCUCCUUACAUUAAGUACCAGUUCAAGUACAGCAUGUUUUUAUACUAAUGUAAAACUGUGCUAUGUUAUGGUGAAUGGGAGUAAAUACUUUGAUUAGUGGUAAUUCAAAUUUUGUGUAUUCAAUAGUAAUCAAGUUCUUUAGCAUUUUGAUAUUCGUUGGCCUUAAAGGUAUGUAUUAUCAUCAAAAGGUUUACUUUUCAUGGCAGGCAGCCCUCAUGGCUGGCUUAUUGUGGAAUUAAGUACAGCACCAUUCCAUGUUCUGUGCACUUCUUACCUUUAGUUAGUUCUCUGUGACGAUAUGAUUGCAUGUAUCUAUUCUAAAUAUGUACUCUGUGUAUAACUGAUUUUAUUAUGUAUAUUUAGUGGAGUGACAAGUUUAUAUAUAAUGUCUAAAAUGUUUUAAAUAUCUUGCUGUGAGGAAAGUACUUUUUUGCAGGUGUGAUUUAAACAAAGACUAUUUAUUUAAGCAUCAUACUGUAGGAAUUAUAUAUAACCUAUGGUAAGUAAGAGACACUUCAUAGUCUUAGUCAUCAGUUUGCUAGUUGACAAAAAAUAAAUUUAGGUCCUAAUCUGUUGAUGAUGAAAGUUUUUCACCGUCAGUGAAUUCUUUAAGUACAUGAUCAGCAAUGGUUUAUGCUAGGGUAUCAGAGACAAAUAUUUCAAUGGGUUUUUGUCACUGCAAAAUGUGAAGCCAAAAUAUUGUUAUAAGUAAUAGCAAUUACUACUAGUGUAGUUUAGCUGAGAGAGGUAUAGUAUUAUCAUAAAUGAAGACGGUUGCAAUGGAAAAUAUAUAACUAUGUAAGUCAGGUUUAUUGUAAGUGGCUACCUAACAAAACUUACACAGAAGUGUUUGUUUUGCUUGAAGAUCUGUGUUUUUGACAUUUCACUCUAUGGUAAUUGAUACUAAAGAUCUGUGGUAUUAUUGUAUCAUAGUUCAUAGACAUUUGAAUUUGUGGCAAUAUUCACAGUAAAUGCUAUGUGAUGAAUUCUUGAUAAACAGAAUAAAAUGUUACUAUAA